AUGUCUUCUCCCAAGCUCAUUACUGUCUUUGGUGCCACUGGCUCUCAAGGCGGCAGUGUGGUGCAGUCCUUGCUUCAGAACAAGUCCCAGUCCUUCAAGAUCCGAGGAAUCACUCGCAAUCCUGAUUCCGAAAAAGCCAGGUCUCUUUCUGAGCAUGGCGUUGAGAUCGUCAAGGCUGACGGUGUGGUCAAGGAAGAGGUGAUUGAAGCUUUCAGGGGCAGCUGGGGAGUCUUUGCCAACACCAACUCGGAUGAUCCUUCAAUGAACCAAGAAGGUGGCCCUACUGAACUUGAUGUAGGUAAGAGCCUUGUGGAUGCGGCCGCAGAGGCAGGAGUUCGUCACUUUGUGUACAGCGGUAUGGCCUCUGCAUCUGAAACCACUGGAGGUGCGGUUCCCAACAAGGCUUUUGACAUAAAACAUGCUGUUGGGGAGUAUGCAAAGAGCAAGGGGUUUGAGACCGUCAACAUUGUCAGCCCAGGCUGGUACAUGGAGAACCAUCUCGUUGAAGAAUUUGCCCCAGCGUUAGGCGGUUUCCCUUUCACUUCUGAUGAGGAGGACUACUACACUCUUCAUGUUCCCCGCUGGGGCGGCAAUGAAGAAAUCCCCUUCAUCUCCAUUGGAGACGACUAUGGUGAUCUUGUUCAUGGCAUCUUCCUCGAACCCAAGAAGUACAACGGACGUCUCGUCCAAGGAAUCAGCGCCAGCGAAACGGCUGAGAAGCUUGUUUCUGAGUUUGAAAAUGUGACGGGAAAGAAGGCUCGAUUUAUACCCAUCGAGGACUGGAAGACCAUGGAGACUUACGGCGAUCAAUCCUUUGAGACUGUCAAGUACAUGUUCGGUUUCUGUCAGCACUCUGGCGGUUUGUACUAUGGAGUACCUAAUGACUUGAGCCCUGCUGCUGAGCUAAAGGCGAAGGCGGCUGAGGCUAAGGGGCAGUCGGGCGAUGCCAAGUUGAUGGCUCUUGGGGGCUUUUGGAAGAAGUAUUUCGCUUCUUGA